UCCAGACACUGCCCGCUUCCGACCGGCCCGCGCUGGCCGCGCCGGAGCCGCCCGCGGUCGGGCCGGGCUGGAUCCGCUCGGUCCGCCUCCUGCCGCCCGCGGAGGCUGCGCGGGGGCCGGCGCGGGCGUCCGGCGGGGAGCCGCGGGGAGCCGGCGGGCCGGACGGGGCUCCGCCCGGCGAGGCCUCCGUGGGGGGGCGUGCGCGCUCCGCUUCCCUCCCGCCUUCUCCCGGCCUCCGGGCCCAGGCUCCCCGCGAGGCCCGCGUCUGCUCACCCGCUUCCUGCGCCCCGGUCGCCAGGCGGGGCCCUGGAUCUACCCUGGGCGCCUCGGUUGGGAGCCGCGGGCGGGCCCGGCGCCUCGCGGCGGAGCUCGGGGGCCCUGCUCCGCGGCGGGACCUUCGGGGCCGGCCGCAGCGCGGGCCCAGCCGCCCGGGAGCCGCUGCUUCGCCCGGGCAAGCCACCCCCCGGGCUCUGCUCUGUGUUUAAGUUGAACCUUCUUUUGGAUCCGAGGGAUUAUUUAUUGUUUUCGCCUGAAGAGCUGCCUCUGACUUGAUGUCGCCACCUCCGGACGGGACACGAGGGCACCGGCGACGAGGAGGUGCAGGGCGCGUUACAGCGGUGAAAGCGGUGAAGCCUUCGGAGCCGGGCGGCGGCGCGGACGGACGCGCACAUCCAGCGAGUCCCCGCGGGGGAAGCCACGAACGAAACGCAGCCUCGGUUCCCGGGCCUUUCGGGAGUGCGGAUGGCCGCGAAGGCCCGGCCGGGCGCGCCGCCUCCCGGGUCGCCGGCGGCCGGGGACGGAAGCGGGCCCGGCAUCGCGCGGCGGGCGGCGAGGGGGCGCUGUGCCCCGCGACUGCGGGCUCUGCCGGCCACGGGGCGGCCUCGCCGCUGCGCCCGCGCCCGCGCCCCCGCCCCGGGCUCCACCGGGCUCCACCGGCCUCCUCCCAGGCCGGCUUCGCCCAGGGCGUUGGGAAAACGACCUUCAGGUGUUUCCAAUAAAACGGGGGGCGGCCGGGCCGGCUCCCCACCUUGAGUCCACCUUGGCUUCCCGUGAAGUCGUUUGUGGUUGAAGAGUUUGAUGGUGGACCUAGCCAUUCUGGGACGCGCAGGGCUGGGAUGGAGGGUCUUUUUUUGGUAAUGAUGGUGAAUUUUUAAAAAUCUUUUUCAUCUUUAAAUAGUUGUGCCAAGGCGUUGCC